UAUGGAUACGAAGAAACGGCCCUUUUAGCCCGGUCUAGUUGCAGUAGCUCUCUCAGACAAGCAAAAUUGACAAGACGGCGACGAAGGGGGUAAAAGGCAAAAGAGAGAGAAGGAAUGGGUUGGAUCGGUGAGAGCGUAGACUCCAUCAAAUCCCUGCAGAUUCGGCAGGUCCUCACUCAGGCCGUCAGUCUCGGUAUGAUUGUCACAUCUGCGCUUAUAAUAUGGAAGGCGUUAAUGUGUGUUACCGGCAGUGAGUCUCCUGUUGUUGUUGUUUUGUCUGGAAGUAUGGAACCUGGUUUCAAGAGGGGGGACAUUUUGUUUUUGCACAUGAGUAAAGAACCCAUUCGUGCAGGAGAAAUUGUUGUUUUUAAUAUUGAUGGCCGUGAAAUUCCAAUUGUCCAUCGUGUCAUUAAGGUUCAUGAACGAAAAGAUACUGGAGAAGUUGAUGUCCUAACAAAAGGAGAUAACAAUUAUGGGGACGACAGGCUUCUUUAUGCUCACGGUCAGCUGUGGCUACAACGGCAUCAGAUCAUGGGCAGAGCUGUAGGGUUUUUACCUUAUGUUGGGUGGGUGACAAUUAUCAUGACUGAAAAGCCUAUUAUUAAGUAUAUUCUAAUUGGCGCGUUGGGGUUGCUUGUUAUAACAUCAAAGGACUAAAUGAAGCAAAAUCCCGGGGUGGUCGAUCUUCAAAAGAACCGUUCGUCGCUGCCAGAAGCUCUGAUCCUCCCCUCGAAUCUGCUAAAGUUCUUAACCGUAUAAGACACUUUUACAUGAUAUAUUGCAGCAGAAUAGUUGGUUAAUGUUAUUAACUUCCAUUUGAAUUUUCUCCUUUGCUAAACUAAAAUUUGGCUUUAAGUAAAAUUUCGGUAACAUUUUAGCACCAUCAAGUGAUGUAACUAAUCCACAAUGUUUACAAGUCCACCAUCCGUUUACGUUAUAACACAUGAAUUUGUAUGUUCCAAUUUUCCAAUGCCACAUUGAAAGUAUUUUAAAACAUGUACUUGACUAUCG